UCUCUGCUGCAGCUUGCACCAGGCUGCUCGGUGGAAGUUCGGAGAUACUAACGGCCAUGGCGUUGCCUUCGGAAAGUGAUGUGACACUAUUGAAGGGGGCAAAAAUUUCAGUUACUGUAGAGGAAGCUAUAAUUGAUGUUCUGGUUGUGUCCUUUCAUUUUGGAGGAAAAGUAUUUCAAGGAGCCUUACUAGAAGUGAACAAGAAAAACUGCCCUUUUGAUGUUCCUGCUUUGAAAGUAUGGGAUUCAGUCACAGAAAAGCAGCAAGAGAAAGCUCAAGGAACAGAAGACCAGGCUGACAAAUUACACGCUUUAAGACAGAGACACACGUAUUUCCAACAAUAUGGCGGUUCGUUAGACUUGCACACAGGACUUGCUUCAUCUAAGUCGCGGCACCCGCUUGCACGAAGUGGACGAGACCAGCAUGUUCGCAUGAGAAGACUUCGUCCUCGUCAAGUACUUUGUUCUCACUGCCGCUCAAUAUGCAAUGAAAAUUCGGAAAAUGUACAGAAUGGUAGGGGACGGUUGCCAGAAGCCAAUAAAUCUAGCGUGGUGACCUCCAGUAGUGGAAUAAGUAGUUCUAAUGUCUUACCUAGCCCUAAUACUCAUAAACGUAGCAGUGUUUCUACAUAUAAUAUUGGUAAGGCUGUGGUGAAUUUCAAUCCUCACAAUAACAAUGAAUUUAGUAAUGCUGGAAAGGGUCGUCUGUCAAACAGAACUGUUCUUAAAAACGAAGGGGGGCAGGUGAAAAAUGUAGAUAGCGUAAAAUUAAACAUUUCAAGAGCAUCUACAUCAUCCAGUGAGUGUAAUCAUACACUAGAGACAAAUCAAAAUCCAACAUGGCGUAACGAGGAUCCCGCAAUCUCGACCUCCGAGUUUCAGUACCAAGCUGUUACCUCCACAGACCUGUCUGGGCGCAUGAUUUUGCGUAAAAGAAAGUCCGGUGAUGGCAUAGAAAACACCGAAGACCCUGAGAUUCACAGAGGUGGGAAGAAACAUCGCCGUGUAGAAGAAAUCGAUGCUGAGGGUAUAAUGGCCAGUAAAGACGAAAUAUGUACUCCAAGCAACUCAAGUAAUGUAGAGAAUUGUGAUGUUGCUAUAAAACUGAAAUCAACUCUAGCUAAAACAAGUCCUGUCAUAAAAAUUUCUUUUGCUAAUCCCCAAGGAAAAGAUAUGGUGCUCAAAAUUCCUGCUCGACCGCCUUCCACUCCAGUUGCAGAAGCUGGAAGUGAUACUGAAGGUAGCUGGGCAAGUAAGGACAGUCCUGACCGCAAAAUGCUUUCCCUAAAAGAUGAUGCUAGUACCAAGGCUGCAAGAAAAGCUCUGAAAAAAGCUAAAAAAGAAGCUCAACGUAAAGCAAAUUUCUCCUCUUUAAGUCCUAAUACUUAUAAUGGUGACUCCAAUCUUCACAAACACAGAAGUGGGCAUCAUCAUAAGCAUAAAUUAAAAAGAAAACGAAGGCACAAAGACUUAUUGCACACCAAUGAUAAAGGUGAAGAGAAUGAAUAUAUUAACGAAAAUGGUGUUAUGAAUUAUCAUGGUGCCAUUGAAGAUGGUAUUAGAAAAAAGCUGACCAGUCGGUCGUUCCAUAACCAAAGUCACAUUUUAAAAUCGGAGCCAGAACCUCCGGGUAUUUACUAUGAAGAUGUUAAAAAUCAGUGUUUGAGACAGAAGUUAUCCAUUAACCUGAAACGCCUAAAUGCUAAGGCUUAUAUGCGAUGUAGCCCCAAAUAUUGUGAGGCGCCUGACGAAGAUUCAAAUGGCAGCGCUGGAGGAAAUGCUACAUGGUCUGGUUCAGGAAGUGAGAAUGGGGACGUCCCGGAUUUCCCAAAGCAUGCAACUUCCCCUUUUCGUAAAAUGGACCACCUUAAACCCUUAAUGAUGAGGAUUAGUACUCAUAGCGUAAGUAAAUGCGUACUAGAGAGUGGCAGAGAAAUGAUGAUAGGGGACAUUGUUUGGGGUAAAAUUCACGGUUUUCCGUGGUGGCCUGGAAAAGUUUUGGCUCUCACAGUAUCACAGAGAGACAACGGAGUAACUAUAAGUCAGCAAGCUCACGUUUCUUGGUUUGGGUCACCCACUUCGUCCUUCAUGCCCUGUAACCAAUUGACCCCCUUCAUAGAUGACUUCAAGGCGCGUUACAAUAAAAAGAAAAGGGGUCCUUACAGGGAGGCUAUUCGCCAGGCUACUCUAGAGGCCCACCAGUGUGUGUCUGGCUCUCGUCUCCCACCAUCUGAAGUUGGGCCUCUUCUUCCAGUGCAAUAGAAACUACAAGCAUUAAGCUACGUUUCUUAGAACGACAAUUAUAUCAGACUAUGAAAAAUUCAUACUUAAAAAUAAAUAGUUUUCUAUUUACGCUGUUGCACAAGAAUACAGUAAGGUGUUACGUUUAACAGGGUAUAUGUAAUCACACAUACAGAUCAGAUUUUAUUUUGAAGUGUUCACGUUUCAGAAAACAGGUAGGCAGUCAUGAAUUAUAUACAACCAGUGAACCAAGUGAGUGACUAUUAUUAGUAGAGAAGGAAUGUGUUGCACUAAUUGACUAAAGUUUCCAAAACAGAUCACAUGCGUGCCCUUUUUUUAUGGUUUUAUUGUAAAUUGUUACGCAGCUCUUCCAUCAUAAUGUUGUGGGUGAAGUACUCAGUGUUUCGAUAAUGUAGUUCAGUUUUACACGGACAGUAAUGUAAAUAAUCUGUAAAAUAUUUGUAAUUCUUCCUGACUUUUUGAUGUUACGUUUAUUUAUUAAACGAGAGUUCCAUAUCCAA